GGUGAAUCCAUAGACUUUUGGUAGACUGCGAAGCAAAGCUAAGCCUAAGCCCAGCACAACAGGACAUUACACCGAACCUCGUCCUACACCCAAAUCUUAUCUAUUCGAUUUCUCUAGUACCUUCUUCUCCUCCUCCUCGAUAAAAGCUCCGGUUCGUCCUCCGAGAGAUUUGGUAGAAGUCGGCGAGAUUUGUUUUAAUUUUGGUUAAAGGAGAUGGACGGCGGAAUGGAGGCGCAGUAUACACGGAGUCAUCACACGCACGAGAUCAGAGAAAACCAGUGCACUUCUGUUCUGGUCAAGCACAUCAAAGCUCCUGUUCAUCUGGUAUGGUCGCUGGUGAGGCGAUUUGAUCAGCCGCAGAAGUACAAGCCAUUUGUAAGCAGGUGCAUAAUGAAAGGGGACCUGGGGAUCGGGAGUGUUAGAGAAGUGGACGUUAAAUCUGGUCUUCCCGCCACCACUAGUACUGAGAGAUUGGAACUUCUUAAUGACGAAGAGCACAUUCUGGGCAUCAAGAUCGUUGGCGGUGAUCACAGACUGAGGAACUACUCUUCCAUCAUUACUGUUCACCCUGAAAUUAUUGACGGAAGGCCAGGGACAAUGGUGAUCGAAUCAUUUGUGGUGGAUGUGCCUGACGGGAAUACUACAGAUGAAACAUGUUACUUUGUUAAGGCUCUAAUCCAAUGCAACCUCAAAUCUCUAGCUGAUGUCUCGGAAAGAAUGGCUGUGCAAGACCAGACGGAACCCAUCAACAGAUACUAAAGUGCCAGGACUCUCAAAUAAGUUUAAUGAGCAAGUCUUUCCUUUGAAGACUGUAGAAGCCUUGUAGAGAAUGAUAAAGAGGGGUGCUUCCUUGUUCGGAACUAGUCUAAGAUACAAUUUUGGGCUGUGCCCUUGCCUUCUUAUGGAGAUCUUUCCACUGUUUCUGCUUCUCGCAUGUUUGUCUAAUCCCUCAGUAGUUAUCCUGGGGUUCCAACCUCCCAACUCCAAUUCAUUAUAAACAUCCUCAUUUUCCUGUUCUAUAAUGAAUUCCCAUGAAGUUAAAAAGUUCAGAUCUUUCUGUUUCUACUGGGUUUUGUACAUUGUGGGUUUGUGCAUUAGGUCAUUCUAGCUCAUCUGUAAAUAUUUUUGUAAGAAAGAUGGAUAUUUUGCUUUCCAUAUUGUAAUAUGCAGCUGUAGGUGGAGGAUGGAUUUGGAGUUAUGGAGACUGAAACCUUCUGAAGUUGUAGCAGUAUAUCUUCAUUAAUUCACUGUUGUUGUUGGCCUCUCUCUUCUAUUUCUGCAUGUUGGAAUGAUAGACAUCUAUGGAGUUGCCUUUCAGCGUUUUCAUGUUCAGGCACCAAAAAUUUCGGUUGCAGAAAGUACCAGAAGAAAUGGGAAAGCACUCGCUGCUCAGUGCUCACAUCUGACUCAUUAAUUCA